AUGGAAGACGAACAGAAACAAAGGAUUCCUGAAUUAGGAAAAUAUACUGCCCUUCAAUCGGCUUAUCUUCAACGUAAAGCUGUUCUCAAGUGUGAGAAGUACAUGAAAUCCGGAGCUUCUACAGUAGUCGAUUACAAUCACUUGCUUCAAAAGAUUAUUGGAAAAGCGGAUUCCAGUGGCCAGUCGCCGUUUCGUUUAAGUCCUAAUCAAACUUUUGUUCUCCGAUCAAGUUUGCAUCUAUCGGAUGGUGAUUUGAAGACCGCAAAGAAGAUUUUCCGGCAAUACUUGGGGUUCGAUGUGCUCUCCAGUCGAAAUUCAGUGAAUGAUAUAAAAAAAGAACUGAAUAUUUGCGAGAAUUAUGACAUCAAAAUCGUUUAA